UUGCCCAAUCACAGGACAGCACCUGGUGAAGCCCCGCCUCCUCCACCAACUCCACCCACAGGAAGCAGCACCCCGACUCAGAGAAUUACAGGACCCAAACCAUUACAGGACCCUGAGGUGCAGAAACACGCCACAGAAAUCCUGCGAAAGAUGCUGGAGCAGGAGGAGGCAGAGCUGCAGAACCUUCUGGAGGAACAGUCUCGAAACCCCUCGCCUUCAUUAGAGGAGCGGAUAGAAAGUGCCAAACGAAGAGCCAAUCAAGUCCGAGUGAAGAUCCGGCAGGAUGUGGAUGGCACUCGAUCAGAAGCUGUCGCUAGCUAUCUCACAGCUGGAGAAGGUCGGUUAUCGAUGGACUCCAGCGAAGGAGACGCCGAGGCGUGUGAGAGUCCCUUCUCCUCCCCGUCCACCUUCCCCAGGAACCCUCUGCUCCGCCAGCAGGCAUCCGACACGCACCCCUCGGACUCGGGAGGGAAGACGCAGAUCAUUGGACCAGAGGAAGAAGAGGAGGAUGAUGGGUAUUCGAUCAAUGAGUUGUUUUAUCUGUCUGUGGAGGCGUAUCUGGGCUCGAGCCCGAAAGACGCCCGUUCGCUCGCCCCUCAGAUCUGCUCGCACUUCCUGGACCAAGAUGCCCCUGUGAAGAUUAAAGUCCGGGAGGAGUUUCUGACAGAUAUAGAGAGUCGUCUGCACGCGCAGGAGGACAUCCGAGGGCCGCUGUCUGAGCUCCAGCAGCAGGUGCUUCCAGAUAUUCAAGAGCAGCUUCAAGACUACAGGAGCAAGCAGACGAUGGGUCUGGGCUCUCUGUUCGGAGAGAGCGACCUGCAGCAGUUAGACGGAGACCCGGUGAAAGAGCGGCAGGUGGUGGACAAACAGGUGCUGGCGCUCUGGGACGUCCUCUCAAAACACGAGGAGGACAGAAGUUCUCCGCUAGCGUCUGCGGUUCAUCUGUAUCUCAGACACUCGGGCAUUAAACUCAGAGACUCCAAAGUGUUUCCCGGCUUGAUGUCCGAGAAGGAAAAGUGGCUUCCGUUCUUUCCUAAAGCUAAAAAGCUGAGCAGCGCCAGACGAGAGAAGGACGGAGACGACAAGAAACGAAAUCCCAUCCUGAAGUACAUCGGCAAACCCAGAAGCACGUCCCAGUCCACGUUCCAUGUUCCUUUGUCCCCCGCAGAAGUUCGUCCUGGCAGCGUGAGAAACAUCAUUCAGCAGUUUGAGAAUAAUUCAGACUCCAUUGAAGAAGGGGACAGUGAGGGACAGCAGUUGUCUUCCAGCAGCUUUGGAGAGGACAGCAUGGACAGUCCGACCAUAUCGGUGCGUUUGGCUCGCAGCGAGUCUUUGAAGGCUCAGGGGGAGGGGCGUCGGCGAGGAGGCGGGCCGGGGGCGGAGUCUGUCCCUCGUUCCCGUAGCGAUGUGGACAUGGAGGACUGUGAGGAGAGGGAGGGGCCGGGACUGAGGCCGUUACAUCACAGCGCCUCGUCUUCAGCCUCCAGCAGCUCGGCACGAUCGCUGGAGAACCCGACGCCGCCAUACACGCCUCGCUCUCAGCGCAGGAUGCUGGACGCUCCGGCGGCUCUGUUACCGGACGCGCCGUCUCUGGACGAGGACGUGAUCGACUCGCAGAACUGGCAGGAGACGGUGGAGCCGCACGUUCUGGCGUCACUCAGCUCACGGGAGAUCGACCGACAGGCCGUCAUCUACGAGCUGUUCACCACGGAGGCGUCUCACCUGCGGACGCUGCGGGUUCUGGAUCAGGUGUUUUAUCAGAAGAUGCAGAGCGUCCUCAGUCCAGAAGAGCUGUCCUGCAUCUUCCUGAACCUGCGCCACGUCUACGAACUACACGCGAGCUUAUGUGAGGCCAUGAAGAAGCGCAGGGAAUCGCCGGUCGUUCAGGGCAUCGGAGACAUCAUGCUGGCCAGAUUGGAGGGAGAGGCUGGAGAUCAGUUCGAGGAGCAGGUGUCUCAUCUGUGCAGUCAGCAGAGUCAAGCGCUGGAGCUCAUCAAGAGCAAACGGCGCAAAGACCCUCGCUUCGCUCACCUCAUACAGGAGUGUGAGGCCAGUCCUCACUGCCGCAGGUUACAGCUGAAGGAUCUGCUGGUGGCUGAGAUGCAGCGCUUGACUAAAUACCCUCUGCUGCUGGACAACGUCAUCAAACACACAGAGACGGCGUCUCCGGACCUGCAGCUGCUUCAGAGAGCUCAGGCCCGUUGCCGUGGGAUACUGCAGGCUGUUAAUGAGGUCGUCAGGGAGACGGAGCACCGGCAUCGGCUCGGCCAAUACCAGCGCAGGCUGGACCUGACGCCUCUGGAGCGGCUGGCCAAUCCCGUCGCAGCACAGUUCAAGAAUCUGGAUCUCACCACUAAGAGGAUGAUCCAUGAGGGGCCUCUCACGUGGAAAGUCAGCAAAGACAAAGCCAUCGAGGUGCAGGCGCUGCUGCUCUCGGAUCUGCUGGUGCUUCUUCAGAGGGCUGCAGACGAGCGGCUCGUCCUGCGCUGUCCGUCUCGUUCGCUGGGCGCUGCUCCAGACCUCAAGAUCCCCUUCUGCCCCAUCCUUCGCCUCGACUCCGCCCUCGUCCGCUUGGUUGCGACAGACAAUAAAGCUCUGUACGUGAUCAGCACGUCAGAGAGUCAGAUCUAUGAGCUGGUGGCCGGGACGUCGUCAGAGAAGAACACUUGGAAAGAUCUGCUGGAAAAGACUAUCGCUGCAGCGACUCGAGGAGCGGGAUCGAGCAAACAAGGAUCGCCAUGCCCCAUCCUUCGCCUCGACUCUGCCCUCGUCCGCUUGGUUGCGACAGACAAUAAAGCGCUGUACGUGAUCAGCACGUCAGAGAGUCAGAUCUAUGAGCUGGUGGCCGGGACGUCGUCAGAGAAGAACACUUGGAAAGAUCUGCUGGAAAAGACUAUCGCUGCAGCGACUCGAGGAGCGGGAUCGAGCAAACAAGGAUCGCCAGUGCCGUCCUCAGAUGCACGUUCAUCUGCCAAUCCGUUAGAUGCGUCGGAGUCGUCCGUGUGUCUGGAGCGGGACUCUGCCAGUGAUGAUGAAAGUGCUCUCACACCGACAGACGGAUCGGACGCACGCCGUCAUCAGGAUAGAGUCGGGUUCCUCCGAACCAAAGCUGCUGUCGCCGAAGCUGCUCUUCAGGACGUGGAAACUCUCCGGCAGCUGAUCUUCAGAGACCUUGAGGACGGCUGGAGUCAGGAUUCAGAUGACACACCCACAAAUGAGACAGCCAAUGAAAGGAGUCCUUUGACAGACGGAGCGGGGGCGGAGUUAUCUGAUCCCACCCCCGGUGAGAGGCCCAGCCAAUGGGGGGAGGAGUCUGUAGAAGCUCCGCCUGUGGAGGCGCUGCAGUCGCCCGUUCAGGUGGUGAGGAAAGUUGUGGGUGCGGGCUGUUCUCUUCCUGACGACAUCACCGGUGAUGUCACCGCCGGCCAAUCCUCUCGGGACGGAGGAAACAUGUUUUAUCUGGUCAUGCCCAAAGAUCAGUCGAGCGCUCUCACAGACGAGAGCAGCACAGACGAGCUCAAAGACUCCGACGCAUCUCACAACAUCCAGCAGACUCCAGACAUGUCCUUCAUCAGUGAGGAAGAGGAACAGGAGACGCCCUGCCUCUCUCCAACAGACCAAUCACUGACUGAGACCCUGAGUCACAGGGAAAGACUCGGCCAAUCACAGCCGAGCGUCCAGCGACAUGUGAUCAAAAACGUGGACGAGAUCUUCAGCACCAUGGAGGAGCUGAUGAGGAAACUGCAGCACCUGCGGGACAUUGAAGCCGAUCACUACAAACUCCUGAAGAAGUUAAGAAAGCCCCUUCCUGUGGAUAAAAUAUCAAGUGAUCUUGUCUACAAGUCUCCCACAGCGGUCCGAAUGCCAUCACUGGACCGCGGAGCUGGAGAUGGUAAAGAGGGCGUCUCAACAGAACCAGCUCAGCCCGAAAUCCAGUCCACUGGUUUCUGACGGUUUACACUGGACCUGAUAGAGGACUUUCAUCUCAUGCAAACACACACUCCGCACUCUGUGAUGUAGCCCCUUCCCAGCAUGCCUUGCGCCUGGAAGCACCAUCCAGGCUAAAUUAUGUGUUGUUUGUGUCAAUCAGAAAUUCGUGUCUCGGGACGGACGACCCUUUGGCCAGCGCUGAGAAAGAAAGGACGAAAAAGAAAGUAGUAGCGCAUUCGAGAGAGAGAGCGAAUGAGAUGUUAUUGACGAAGAGUGAAAUUGUGAAGAGAUGCGCGAAGAACAGGAAGUGAAAAACGCAAGUGGAACGUGAUCUAGCGCGGCUGAAGACAUGACUCUGUCCCGCGAAGGAAACCCAGCACUUUACCUGCUGUUCGUCUGUUUCUCGUCAGGAAACUCGUGAAUACAAACGGGCGACGUUUCGGCCGCGCAUAUCGCGAGCCGCGUCCGUUUACGGAUAAACUGCGUUGACAAAUUCAGGUUCUUUUGCACUGGGACCCCUGUGGAAAUACACAUGAAGGGGAGGGGGCGAAUAAGGAUGUCUCACGAAAUCAUUGUUCGUUCGUUAAUAUCGUAGCUUGUAUUUCAUUGCGUAACACUAUGCGGGAAAAAAAAAAAGGAAGGAAAACGAAAAAAGGUGAAGGUUUUGUUUUGAAGAUUUGUGCUCCAAUAUCAAAUGAACGUACGUUUGUUCGGUUUCUACGCACAGUUUAACACUAUCGCACAGUUCGUAACUGGACUCCUGUUUAUAUCGUAAUGUGGAAAAAAGGGGCGUGUCUAUGAAUUCUGACAUCAUGUCAUGUGACCUGCAAGCUGACACAUUUGCAUUACGUGUAAAUACUGUGAACUUUUGUCGCUCACUGUUUGCGGUAGUUCAUUCGUAGCUCAACGGGUGCUUGAAACACAAAUGAAGGGAUCGGGAACUCUAAUAAUAAAAAAAAAAAAACGACGCAACUUUGCGUUUGAAACACGAGCGUCUUUAUAAGUGUUUAACUCGUACACCUAACCUGCCAAAGGAGGAUUGUUACCUCACCUCCUUUUAAGUUUGUUUUGUUUAUUUUUCAUUUGAAUAAUUGUUUUUGUGAGUUUAUGCGUGACUGCAGAACGUUUUUAACGUGGAUUGAAUUCGGCGGCGGUUGCUUGUCUGGAUAACUACUGUUAACUCAGGUGGAGAAAUGUAGACGUGAUUUCUCUCGUUAGCUUUAACUCUUUCCCAUGCGUUUCCUUCUCGACUUUGGUUUCUUGCCUCAUUCCUCCAUCGUUCUACAUUCAUUCAUAUGCAUCAACGGCUCGACGAUUUGUACGCUGCACAACGAAGAAACCCAUACUCGUGCGAACUACUGUACGUAAAGGUUUGUUUUUAUUUUUAUUGACAUUGACUCGUGUAAUAUAGUUGACGGCCUGUUUUAUAUGUUAAUUUCCUGUAAAGCUCUAGUCAUUU